AGUACUGCGACCAGGAUUCUGCUCGAACACGGCGCUCAUGUGAACGUGCGUGGCGGCGAAGACAACUGGCCCGUGAUCUCGCUCGCUGCCUCAACUCUACUCACCGAAGAUCUGGAGCUUAUCAUCAAGAACGUCUCAGAUAUAGAUGCAGCCUGUGCUAGGGGAACGACUGCCCUGAUCAACUGCGCGGAUGCAUGCGAUAUCGAAGGCCUGAGAUUUCUGUUGGCGCAUGGUGCUGAUGUACAUAUCUCAAGCGAGAAAUAUGGCACUGCACUUCACGCAGCCGCGUAA